AUGCCGCGGGGCCCGGAGGCCGCGGUGCAGGUGUGGGUGGGCGGCCAGCUCUUCGAGGCCGAGCGGGCCCUGCUAGUGGAGCACUGCGGCUUUUUCCACGGCCUCUUCCGCUCCGGCAUGCGCGAGGCGCGCGCGGCCGAGGUGCGCCUGGGCGUGCUGAGCGCCAGCGGCUUCCGCACCACGCUGCAGGUGCUGCGCGGGGAGCGCCCGGCGCUGGCGGCCGCCGAGGAGCUGCUGCAGGCCGUGGAGUGCGCCGCCUUCCUGCAGGCGCCGGCGCUGGCACGCUUCUUGGAGCACAGCCUCACGUCGGACAACUGCGCGCUGCUGUGCGACGCGGCCGCCGCCUUCGGCCUGCACGAGCUGCUCCACAGCGCCGCGCUCUUCAUCCGCGACGGCGCGCGCGAGCUGGCGGCCGAGCUGGCCCUGCCCGAGGCGCGCGCCUACGUGGCCGCCCAGCGGCCCAGCAGCUACGUGGCCGUGAGCACGCACACGCCCACACCCGGCUUCCUGGAGGACGCCUCGCGGACGCUGUGCUACCUGGACGAGGAGGAGGACGCGUGGCGCACGCUGGCCGCGCUGCCCCUGGAGGCCAGCACGAUGCUGGCGGGCGUGGCCACGCUGGGCAACAAGCUCUACAUCGUGGGCGGCGUGCGUGGCGCCAGCAAGGAGGUGGUGGAGCUGGGCUUCUGCUACGACCCCGACGGCGGCACGUGGCGCCCGUUCCCCAGCCCGCACCAGCCGCGCUACGACACGACGCUGGCCGGCUUCGACGGCUACCUCUAUGCCAUCGGCGGCGAGUUCCAGAGGACGCCCAUGAGCUCUGUGGAGCGCUACGACCCGGCCGCCCGCUGCUGGAGCUUCGUGGCCGACCUGCCGCAGCCGGCCGCCGGCGUGCCCUGCGCCCACGCGCGUGGCCGCCUCUUCGUGUGCCUGUGGCGGCCAGCCGACACCACGGCCGUGGUGGAGUACGCGGCGCGGCCCGAUGCCUGGCUGCCGGUGGCCGAGCUGCGGCGGCCGCAGAGCUAUGGCCACUGCAUGGUGGCCCACCGCGACAGCCUCUAUGUGGUGCGCAACGGGCCUUCCGACGACUUCCUGCACUGCGCCAUCGACUGCCUCAACCUGGCCACGGGCCAGUGGACGGCGCUGCCCGGCCAGUUCGUCAACAGCAAGGGCGCGCUCUUCACGGCGGUGGUGCGCGGGGACACGGUCUACACGGUCAACCGCGUGUUCACGGUGCUCUACGCCAUCGAGGGUGGCGCCUGGCGACUGCUCGGGGAAAAAGCCGGCUUCCCGCGGCCCGGUUCCUUGCAGACCUUUCUCCUGAGGCUGCCGCCUGGCGCUUCAGGGCCCAUGGCCUCCACAACUCCAGAACUGUGA